GUUAAAAAUAAAAAAUUUAACAAUAGACUAAUGCAUGGUAUCUAAUGGGCUAACCGCUAACCAUAAAAUAAAAGAGUUGAAUGGGCCUGACCUACAUGGGAUUUGGUCAUCAAGUAAAACAAAUGAACAUCAUGGGUUUGCCAUUCUAAAACAAGCUAUUUUCUCUGGCAUAAUAUAUAUUAUGCUAUUAUUUUAUAUCUUAGUGGCUAAAAUAUAAUGUAUUUUAAAGUUAUUCAAUGGUUCAACCUCGACCAACCCAAUUAGUCCAAUUUUUAUCAUUUCAAAUAUAUAUUUUAUAAUUAUUUGACAUCAUAAUGAUCAAAUUAUAGUGUAUUUUAUAGGGAAUCGUUUGGUAUUUGUUAGUAAAAAACUAAACAUAAAAAUCUAUUUGGUUAUUUUAAACAUUAAAACGAUCCUCAACCUUUUCAGUUCCUUUUGAAUUUAUUGUCAAAAAAAAAAUCCUUUUGAAUUUAUAUGGUUUUAUUCCAAAAUAAGUGAUGUGCAAAUGGCGAAUUGUAGUCGUCUUUUUUCUUUCACUAUUUUUUUAUUUUCAAAUAGAAAGUUUAAAAGUAAAGAAUAAUUAGAAUUUGGCAUGGGUCGGUCAAACAGGUUGAAUUUCAAGUUUUGGCCCAUUUGUUUUAUGCAUUGCAAAUUUAUUAGCAUGUUGAUGGAAAUGGCUUGGAAAAAAGACAUAUAUGUUGUAUCUUUGCAGAAAUGUCCUCAAAUGUUUGAAUGCUUUGUGAAUCAGGUUCUGUGACUUUUGUGAUGGUGUAUGUGCUUGACGAUUGCUCGAUGUUGUAACUACUUAAUUUAAGAGUAAAUCUUUUGACUUUCCCUAUGAGUUGUGAUACCAGUUCUGGUGGUUGCAGCAUGUUGUCGUUGUUGGCCUGUAAAAGUUGUUCCGCCGUGAUGCUAAAUACCUUUCUUUCUUUUUUAACAAAUUUUGUAGUAGUGCUAUGAAACAGACCACCCAUGAACGCUACGCUUAUUAUGUUCUGUUCUUACUUCCGGUGGUGAGAAAUUGUGAAUUGAGAAUCAUAUUCGCCUACCGCACUGUGUCUGGUUGGUGGCUGCUUACUGUGCUCUCUAGAGUUAUGAAACAGACUACCCAUGAACUUUACCCUUAAGAGUCCACAACUUUGCGAAAAACCAAAUAUAGGCAAUCAAAGGUGGUGGAAGUGUGAUGAUUUUUUAUGGCUUAAUUGUUUGUGAAUUAGAUAUCUGAUCUUUGUAUGGUUAGAGGGGAUGUUUGCUUAAUAGAAUAAUCCAUUUUAAUUCAUGUUUAUUUUUAACAUAAGCUUUAGGCCCUGUUUAGUAUCGAUUUGUUGCUGUUGUGGUUGCAGUGGUGUUGUGUAAACAGAUGUACAACCACAACAGGAAAAAAAUAGAAAACACAAACCUGUUUAGUUGAUAAUCUAAAAAAUAAUGAAAGCAGAGAACAAGAAACAAAAACGCGUUCAAUUACUACUAUUAGAAUUAAAAACAAGAAAAGAGAGGAGGCGGCGGCGGGGGAAAGGAUUCGAAGUCGGCGACGGGAAUCGAGAGGAGGAGGCGGCAAGGGUUGCGAGGUCGGGCGACAGGGAAAAGGGAGGCGGCGGGGGCAAAGGGACGAAAUCGACGACGAGGGGGAGAUGGACGAUAUCGGUGGCCUGGGUCUCAAGAGGAAGAAGUUGAGAGAGGGAGGGAGCUGUUGGGUGGCGGGUUUGGGAGAAAACGAGGGUAGGGUUGGCCGACUAGGGUUUGGAGGUGGGUUUGGGAGUUAAAAAAAAAAAGAGAAAUUUUUUGCUUUAGGUGGGAUUCGAAUUGAGGGUUGUUUUAAUGAAAACAAACGGAAAUCCCGUGUAAAACAUGUAUAAGAAUCAAAUCCAAAGCAAUAAAUUGUUGUUUCUCAAAUUUGGACCCUGUUGUGCAAAUCCGAUUCACAACAAAAAAUAGAAACCCAACUAAACAUGUUUUUUUUUUCUUGGUUUCUCCAAUCUUGAAAAACACAACAGAAAACAAAAACAUAUAACAAUACUAAACGGAGCCUUAGUAACUCAAAACCUUUGAGACACAUAUCACCUACUGCAUUGUAUCAUUUUGCCUGGGUGCUUGCUGUGUUGUCAAACUUCUUUGCUGCUGAUGCAUUUACACUAACAGGGGAGUUAAGAACCCAUGAAUGUUUCCGUUUGACACAAACAAGAGGACUUACUUCUAAAUCGUGCACUAAAGAUGAUUGGAGGAAACAUCUCUGUUGCAGUUGAUACACUGGAGACCAUAACAAAAGCAACGUAUAACAUCAAAACCAACCAUCUGAACUAUUAGCAUUGUUGCUUUACUCUUUUUUCGUGGUUGAGUCUCCUUCAAAAAAUUUAGUUUGAUUUUAGAAAAUUUUGAAAUGCAAUCCUGUCUUGCCACCAACGCGUUCAGUAGAUGGAGAUGGCAGAGGCGAAGGCUAUUUUGUGUUGUUGUUGCUGGUUUAGGGAUCGGUUUGUGAAGAAGAGGGAGAAGAGAGGGGGAAAGGGAAAUGCAUGAGAGGGGGAUAACUCUUUUCUCCGACAAAAAUGGAGUGAAGAAAGGAAUUAUGAUCAGUAAGGAUAUGGUUAUCUUACAUAACUGUGUCUAUUCUGUUUGAAUUGAGCUUGGGAGGUAGUGAUAAGGACGAGCUGCAACCAAUUCAUAGUGAUAAGAGUGCUAUGAACUGUGAUCAUGUCUUAUUUCAAGUUAGAAGGUAGUUUCAGUAUAAGGAUUAAUUAAUUUGACAAGUUGUUUCGUCCAUGAUUCUUGGUAGUUUCAGUGCCAUUCUAGCCAUUGUUUAGUCUGUAAUUUUUGAGAAUUGAUGUGCAAGUAAUGACUUUCACUUAGCUUCAACUAUUAUGUGUGUAUUUAUUGGCAUGUGAUAGAAUUCUCUUUUCCUUUUCUUUGAAUUCAGUUUCAUACUCUAAUUGUAUCAUUUGUACAUAGGCAAAUCAUGCUCGAGAUGACAACUCGCUGAUAUGGCUUGUGCAAGGAAUGAAGCCAUCAUUAAAAUUCAGACCGACAACGGGGAGGGAUGCCCAGGACUAAUUCAAUGAUGAUUAAUGAUGGUAUGAUAAAAACUGCAGUCUGCAUCAGCACCAAUUUCUAGGCCUAAGUAAAGUUAUUCAACCUAGAACUCUGCUUAGCGCUAAAAAUUGCCCUCACCCAACCUUUAUCCUGUUUGACCCACUUCUGAAGAGUCAAGAUAUAUUACUAAUUCUCUCCGUUCGUAUUUUCUUAUUGGCUCUUUCUGACCCUUUAGGUUGGGGCGGGUCGGGAAGAAUCGGAUUAGUGGGCCGGUCCUAAUCAAGUGGAAUCCCAAUCCCUUCACUCUCACUUGCUUUCUCUCCCAUUCCACAAGUGGGUAACAUAUAGUAAUCCGGCCAACGGGCCGGGUAAUAAGCUAGUCCUUUAUUAUAAAAGGCUAAGUGUAACUACACUUUUUGAAGUGGCUUUGUGCUUCAUAAGUUAAAAUUAACCAAAGAAUUUUGCAAAUGAAAAUUUAGAAAAAGGUUUAAAAGUGGGGACUCACUACAGUAAUUUCGAUAUAAUUUUAAGUUAGGUAACUUGAUUAAAUCUGAAUAAUUAAAAUACAUCCUAAUUAGUUUAAGUCAUUGAUUAAAAAAGAAACAAAAGAAACACAAAAAUAUAAAAUAAACGGGGGAUGGGAUU